GUUUGCAAAAAAGGCAGGGCGUGCGCGAUCAGAGCUGACUGGUUGGUUGUUGUGCGUCAUUUUGAUCGAUUCGCAGCGUCAGCGACGAAUAAUCGCUGCGCGGCCACUGCAAAAAACCCCCAAAAGCCAAAACAGCACAGCACAGCGCGCGCCGAGCGCCGACAGCAGCGAUGGACUUCCUCGACUACGAAGAAGAAACCGAAAUCAAUGAGAGCGACAGCCCCCAUCAAUCCAUAACCAAACUACUCGACAACCGGGAAUUACUCCAGGAGCUGCGCGCGACGCCGUCCAUAGCCGAAUUCCUCAAAACAAAUGCAUCAUUAGUCCUGCAAGCCGCCCUCACGAAGGACGGAGAGGUCGACGACGACGACGACACUGUUGAUCAGAAACAGCGGUACACGCCGGCGGAUCGGAGGGCCUACGUCGCGUCUGAGGUCCUGUGCGGCCCCGACGUCGCCUGCGUCGCCAUCCUCAAAGCCUGUGCUGAUAGUGAAGAGUGCUGGGCCUUGCUGGAGGACCCGUCUCCGGUAUCAACGAUGCGCGACGCGCGCUGGGCGCGCAUCUGGCUGCGGCUGUUAGAAGUAGCGAGGUAUGAUACUAUAAAACACGCUCCACCAUUAUCAAGGUUCGCCGCCGCCGUCUCAAAGAAUUCGACGAGCGCGGCGGACGUGGCCGGCGCGUUACUGAAGGACGCGUGUCGAAGGGACCGCGCCGUCAAGGUCGCGUGGAAUGAUUUGAGAUCAAUCUGCGCGGCGUUGGAUGUCGGUGCGUCGGCCCAAUUACUGUUGAAUGCUUUACCGGGCUGCGCCUCAAAAAUAGUGGACGACCAGCGGUGCCUCGCGAGCGUCGCGCGAGCGAGGUCCACGAAGGCGCUGCUCGUCAUGGCGGAGAUUUUAUCAGAGGCCGCAUCGGGCGACUUCGAGAACAGGCCAGCUCUAGCCAAGGCGCUCGCGCCUCAUUCAACACGGAUAGCAAAGCAGUUAUCACAAGGCGCGCGCCUCGAGAAAGUUGCCGCGGCACAAUUGUUGAGAGGACUCGCGCGGUGCCCCGACGCGAACAGCGCGUUGUGCGAUGCUUGUUUAGAUGCCUGCGCGGAUUCGUUAUUCACGCAUCCGCACGCCGAUGUGUUACACGUCCACAGCGCUGACGUUCUACUAGCAAUCAUUGAUAGAAAGCCUCUGCACGCGCACGCCGCGAAACGACUAGAAAGGCUCCUGUUCCGCGACAAUAGUACAGAGGGCGGUUUAUUAUCAAGGAUCCGCUCUACGUUAACCGGUCUCGAGCGACCGAAGAACUCGCGCGACGCCCACUUAGUCGUGCUGGGCGAAGCCGUGUGUGCCGCGUUAAGGGAAGAUGAAGCGAAGCCCGGCGCCGGGUUGGUUCCUGAUUUACUCUACGCGCGGAGGAAUGAAUUAGACGCCUGGCUGCACUUCGUGGAAGACCUCGCGCGGCUCACGGCGCGCAAGGUCGCGGCGGACUUUGCCGUGCCUGUUGUGAAUGGGGGCGGCUGGGACGACGUGAAUGCCGGGUAA